GUAAUUCUGAAUCCAGACUCCCUAAACCCUUACAGGAAACCGUCAUGCCCUUCAACAGACGUCUAGCUUGAUAGUUAUCUCAAUAUACAGAUGACUGAUUGUCAGAACAGAAACUUGUUGGUCAUGUUUAGUUGUUUGCCAAACGAUACUUUGUAAAAAAUUCACAGGAAAAACCUUUCAAACAUGUGGAGAACAUUUGUGCUGCUGCUAUUACCAUUCAUUUUUGAGGAUUCACUUCAAGAUUCAGCAUCAAUAUAUACCAGCAUCAAUAUGCCAAAACAAUCAAUUCAGCCAAAAACGUUUCCUGGAACACUAGUGUUCAAUAUUUCCCUGUUCUCCAACACAUCUAUCCAGCAGCCUAUGAUAAACGCCUCUGAUAAAGUCAUCAAUUACAUCACUGGAAUUGUCAGCACUAGGAUCAUUCCAUCCGUGUACAUCCUAGCCAUCCUCAUCGGGAUCCCCUCUAACGUCUUUGUGUUGGCUUGCCUCAGUGGAAGAAAGAAUCUUUCCAGUGGUAUCCUAUAUUUUAGCCUAGCAGUUUCAGACCUUCUCCUGCUACUUUCUCUCACACUCAGAGUCCACUAUCACUUCAAUAACAACGACUGGAUCUUUGGAGAGCUGGCCUGUAAGGUGGUGACUGCCUGCUUUUAUGGUAACACCUACUGCUCGAUAUAUGCCCACAUGUGUAUUAGUGUGAUGCGCUACCUUGCGGUGGUCCGCCCGUUCCGCUAUAGGACAAUGUCGAAAAGGUACUGUGCGAUCUGUUCGAGCUUAACCACGUGGGUGGUUUUUGCUAUUGCGAUGGCACCAGAGUUUCUGGUUCAGCAAAGCUACCAUGUUUCCGGGGAAGACUUGGUGACGUGUCAUGAUAUCCAGCUCUAUGAGGAAGCGUCCUACAAACCUUUGAUUCCAUACAGAUUGAGUCUGAUCUGCCUGGGGUUCAUCCUGCCAUCGCUGGUCAUUGCAUUUGUUUACGGAUCCAUCAUCCACCACCUAAAUUGUUCCAGUCGUGACUGGAAACACUACAUGAAGGCCAGCACGUUGGUGUUUGGGAUAUUUUUAGUGUGUUUUACUCCAUGUAGUGCACUUCUUUUUGCACACUAUGUGAAGUUGUACAAUGAGAAGCAGUAUGACCUGUAUUACUACUACAGAGCAGCUGUAUGUCUGUGUUCUUUCCACAGCUGUCUGGACCCUUUCCUCUCUUAUCUGCUCACAAAGACUUCAACUUCCCAAGUCAAGUUUAGAUCCUUUAGCUCUAGACCUUCGAACACAUUGUCCACUGUCUAAGGCCUUCUAAAUAGCAGGAUGUUUCUGUUUCUGGACCCUGCAAGGGUGGGCUUCCUUAUCUAAAAUGGCUUAACAGUGGAAUGAGGAUGUUAUGGUUGGACUUCCCACUUUGUACUAUAGUAGAAGCUCAUUACUUUGUACAGAAGUGAAAGAAGUUGGACACACAGAGGUCAAGCUGAAUACAAAGUCUUUGAGACCAUGAAAGAAGUGUUUAAAUCAUUUGAAAAAAAAGUAAUUCAAAUAAGAGAUGUCACCUCUUAGACAUUUCAUUGGUUCAGUGCUGUUAUUCUAUGUCACCUUGCAAAUGAGGUCUUUGGUGGUCAGCAGUAGAUCAUGAUAGUGUUUGCCGGUGACUGGAUUGACUCCCUGUAGUUUAGCUGUAGGGAGUAGGAGGGUGGCGAGUGUCUUCUCUGGAUCUCCAGAAUUUAGAGCUUCGUUGAUCUCAGCGAUAGCAAUGACUCCUACACAACAUGGGAAUUUUAUGUAAUCAACAACUCGUGAUGCAAUGGAAGAGUCAUUGAUUUGUGUAGUGUACAUUUCCAUUAAGAAAUGCAUUAUGUUUAUACAUUAACAAAUAUGUUGUUUUAAGAUAUUUAUCUUCUAUAAAUUCCAGCUUUAUAUAUUCCACCAGUUUACUUGUGUGAUUCAUUACAUGUUCAAUAAAACUGUUCUGUGUGA